GAAUUCAUUUAUCUACAGCUCUUGUUCGAAUAAUCAAAUACGUUAGAUAAUCUAAUCCGCUUUUUAAGUCGACCUCGCUCGCUGUUAUGAAGACCCUGUCCUGUAUUUUUGGUUCUCGACCGAGACCGGAGACCGCCUUAUCAAUAUCCAUAACGAGUCGGAGACCAUCUAAGUAGCGAGGAUACUCCAACAACACCCGACCUCCCUCUCAAUUGACAGAGAGCCAGCUGUAGCCAACAAUUUAAUUUGAAUUGAACACAAUGAAUCGAGUUGGUUGGUAUGGCUUGGGCUCUAUGGGCCUUGCAAUGGCCACCAAUCUCCAGAAGCAUCUGGCAACCAAGAGUACUCUGAACAGUCUCCUCUACUCCAAUCGAACCAUGUCUCGUGGUGAUCCCCUCAGAGCAAUUGGCGCCACCCCCGAGACAAACUUCUCGAAGCUUGUCGCGCAGUGUGGUAUCAUUUUCACGAUGAUAUCCAAUGACGCUGUCCUGCAAAACCUCGUCUCGAGUGUCACUGAAUCAAACCAGUCGCUAAAAGACAAGAUCUUUGUCGACUGCUCAACCGUCCACCCCGAGACGGUGGGACUAACAGUCGCGAAACUGAAAGAGAAGCAAGCCGAUUUCCUAGCCGCGCCAGUAUUCGGCGGCAAUCCAAUUGCUGUCGAUGGCAAGCUCGUAUUUGCCAUUGGCGGACCAAAACGUGCAUCGGAUCUUGUCAAGCCCCUGAUCCAGGACGUCAUGGGUCGCAAGGUGAUCGAUUGCGGGGAGGACGCGACAAAGUCUUCUAUGUUGAAGAUUGCUGGUAAUAUUAUAACUGUCAACCUAAUGGAAGCCGUCGGCGAAGCCCAAGUCUUCGCUGAGCGCACAGGUCUUGGAACAGGUGCAAUGGAGGAGCUAAUCGGGGAAGCCUUCGGGCCUGUUGCUGGGGGUUAUUCGAAGCGUUUAACAACCGGUGCGUACGCACCAUCUCUUGACUCUCGUCCUGGAUUCGGUGUCUCCUUAGCAAUCAAGGAUGCAAAGCAUGCAUUUACCGUUGCGAAGGAGAAUAAUGUCGAACUCCCGGCAUUGCAGGUAGCUACUGACAACAUGGUGGCUGCUCGGGAGUAUGGUGGUGAAUGUUUAGACAGUAGUUCCAUGUAUGGAGUCUUGCGACAGAAGGCGGGUAUGGAGUUCUGGAAUGAGAAGAGUCGAAAGGGUUAAGCAACUUUUAGAUGAAGACGGAAAGUUUUGCAUAUAUUCGAUCUAAUUAGGACAUGUAUGUGAUAACUAUGUGUAAUGUUUACAUAUUAUGUAUAAUUUUGAAGAACAAAAGCCAAGUCAGCAGGACCAUAGAAUGUGAUAUGAGUAAGAAACGUCCUCUAGAGCUGAUUGUCGAAAGUAACUUUUAUUAAUUUGCUCCAUUGAUAGUAUCCAGUACCAUUUAUAAGCCAUGCGGGAGAA